CUCGGGACCCCGGGACUUGAAACGGCCAUGCCCGUGAAGAACAGAUACAACCUGGUAGACGAGGGUUGUGAUUCACGGCUUCCACUGCACAGCGAAGAAGCCUUUCAGCACGGGAUCCAAUUCCAGGCCAAGUACAUUGGGAGUUUGGAUGUGCCCAGACCCAACAGUCGAAUGGAGAUUGUGGCCACCAUGAGGAGGAUUCGGUGUGAAUUCAAAGCAAAAAACAUUAAGAAAAAGAAAGUCAGCAUCGUGGUGUCUGUUGAUGGUGUGAAGGUGAUUCUCAGGAAGAUGCAAAAGAGGAAGGAGUGGGCCUGGGAAGAGAGCAGGACACUGGUGAUGCACGACCCUGUCUACAGAAUCUUCUAUGUGUCCCACGACUCACAGGACCUGAAGAUAUUCAGCUACAUUGCCAGGGAUGGGACCAAUAACUCUUUCCGGUGCAACGUAUUUAAGUCUAAGAAGAAGAGCCAAGCCAUUCGAGCAGUGAGGACGGUGGGCCAGGCCUUUGAGGUCUGCCACAAGCUGAGCCUACAACACCCUCUAGCCAGUGCUGAUGCUGCCAGCCGCCAGCCCACAGAGAAGAGGCCUCAAGCAGCAUAUCACCUAGAGGGAAGGAAACUGAGAGAGGAGGAUGGGGCUGACGGAGAUUCUGACAGAGCUGUUCUAAGGGAACCAACCAGCCAAACCAAGCUGGAAAAGGAAAGAACCAGAGAGGUAUGCCACUGUGUCCAGGAUGCUGGAGCUGGCUCUGCCCACCCUGCCAGUGCUCAGCCAUGGUCACCCUCGAGAAGCCUGGAAUCCUCCCCCAAGUCAUCCAUCAUGCCAGUAACACCCCAGUUGACUCCACAUUGUACUCGGCUUCUCCAUCACCAGCUUCUCCAGCAAUGGCAGCAGGCCCAGGUAGCCACUGCCCAGGUACAGCUUCUCACAGACCAGCUGGCUGCAGAGACAGCUGCCAGAGUGGAGGCCCAGGCCAGGAUCCGCCAGUUGCUGCUGACCAACCGGGACCUGCUCCAGCACAUGGCACUGCUGGGUCGGCAACUGAGGGAGCUAGAGGAAAGAGCUUGGGGUCGGCCUAAUGGUGGCCACUGUCUGCAGACCUUCAGCCUUAGCCUGGACCGGGCCUCCACUGUGGGUCCCAGGGCCCAAAGGAGCCAGGACACUGUGGGAAAGGUUAGCCUGACAUUGAGAAGCAGGCAUUUGCCUGGACUAAGCCAGAGAGAGGAAGACUUGGAGCCGACUGAACAGGGAGGGAGUCCCUCCAGUAUCCCAACCAAUAAGGAUAGAUUGUUGAUGUCAUCAUCCAUUCCCAAGCUUCACCCUCCGCCCCCCACCCUCAAGAAGAGGUUGACCAAGACUUCCCUCAGCCUGGACUCGGAGCCUGAACCGGGACAACCAUCCUCCUUUGGAACCCCAGACUCAGUGAGCAAUGACACCCUGGAGGAGGCCAAAGCAGGGGCCACUCAGUGGCACCUCUCCCCCACAACCUGCCCAUCUGGAGCCAAUGACACGAUCCUGCACAUUAGCUUCUCUGAUGAGGAUGAGGAGGAUCCAGCCAUCGAGGCUCACAUUCCUGCGUAAACCUACCCGCUGGCUUCUCUCCUCCCUUCCUUUCUUUCCCUUCUUCUGAAUGCUACAGGAAAAAGGCCUGCAGGUUUACCUAGAACUACCCAUAGUGGAAACUAAGACAGAAGUAGCAUACCAUAGUGUUAAGAGCACUAGACUCAGAGUCAGAUGACCUGAGUUCAAAUCCUGGUUCUGUUCCUUAGUCAUCUGUGUGAUGCAAGAGAAGUCACUAAACUUCUCUGGCCUCAAUAUCAUCAUCUGUGAUUUGAUGAGGUUAGAGCAGAUUAUCUCUCAAAUCUCUCCCAGCUCUUGAUUUUAUGACUAUUCCUUCUGAAGCAUCAUGGUGUAAUAGCAAGAACAUGGUCUUGGAGUCAGAAGAUCUAGAUUCAAAUACUACCUCUGACACUUAGCUGUGUGAACCUGAGCAAGUCAUUUCACUUCUCUGAGCCUCAGUUUCCCCCUCUGUAAAAUGGGGAAAGAAAUCCUUAUACUACCUACCUCACAGGCUUAUUAUGAAGAAAGUAUUUUGUAUAUCCCAAAGUACUCUAGAAAUGUGGGCAGUUUUUUGUUGGGGACCACCUCACUCCUAAAUUGCUUUAUAUGUUUGCUUGUUUUUUUAAUGGGUUAACCAUAGCUUUACCCAGCUAAUCAAUUAGAAGUAAGAUGUAUCAACUUCUUGGUCCCCCAGGACCCUUUGGUAAGCUUUCUUCCAGCUAAUUUUUCUUGCUAGGUGUCAGUUUCCUCAUCUAUAAAAUGGGAAUAUUGGACUAGGUCUUCUCUAAAGUCCAUCCCAUCUCUAAAGCCUGUGAUCCUAUGUCUCUUGCACCUGUUUUCUUCUCAGGCUUGGAAUUGUCUUCUCCCUUGCUCCAUUUUCCUCUGGUCCUUCCCAUCCUUCAGAGCCCAACUCAGCUGCUCCUCCUUCCAUGGAGCCUUCCUUGAACAUCUCUUCUUCCUUUCUCUCCCCAUAUGAAAGAGAUCUGUCUCCUUAAGUACACUGAGGGAAGCUCUGCCCCACUGUUAUAUUCUUCCCUGUGUUGUAUGUGUGUGUGUGUGUGUGUGUGUGUGUGUAUAUAUAUAUAUAUACAUACACACAUACAUGCAUGGCAUUUCCUCCUCUCCCUUCCCUGCCUCUCCUUAUAGAUGUGAAUUCUAGAAGGGCAGGGACCAUUUUUUAUUUUCUAUCUUUGUUUUCUACAUUGAGGAAGAUAGUCAUAGCCUUCAGUGCUGGAAGGGACCUUAGAGGUCAUCAAAUAUAACCCAUUCAUUUUACAGAUGAGAAAACUGAAGCCCUAAAAGAAUAAGUGACUUGCCUGGCACCACACAACUGAUAAGCAUCAAAGGCAGGGUUUGAAGCCAAGUCUUCCCCACUCCAAGUCCAACACUAGCCAUUACACCACACUGCCUCAUGUUGCAUAGUAAAUGCCUGAGGUGGGUGGAAAUAUAAAGUUCUAUUCUCCUGGGUGUGUCACAUUCCACUUGUCAUUUUGUGACUCCUAGCUGUACCUCCAUCAUGAUCAAAUGAGAACCCAUGUCAAGCACUUUGCAAACCUUUAAGUGCUAUAUAAAUGUGAGCCCUUACUAUUUCAGAA